AUGGCUAAUCUUCUAGUUCUACUCACAACAGCAAUACUAAUACCAAAUUCCUCUAUUGGCGUGCAGGCCCAACUUCAGGAGUGCAUAGGCGGCGGAGCUGGACUGCAUAACUACGAGCAGCGGUCAGCUGUGCUGUGCCUCGUCGCAGCUUGUGUCGAUCGUGUGAAUAGCCGCACAGGCAAAUCGGACUGUCCGUACGUGUCACGCUUGUGCGGUGACUCCAAGUAUAGCCAAGUAAUGAGGACACAGUGCCCAAAGACAUGUGGCUUCUGUUCAGUGGACGGAUCGACAGCCACCCCUCUGUAUUCAGGAGAAUGUCGUGACUUGGUGAAUGCCGCUACUGGAAAAUCAGACUGUGGCAAACGCUCUCAACUAUGCCGCAACCCGAUCUACAAACAGCUUAUGAGCCAGCAGUGUCCAAAAACCUGUGGUUAUUGCUAG